AUGAAGGUCAAUACUGGAAAAGGGCUUGCCGCCUUCUGGGCGGUAAUGACACUCGGCUCCACGCAUGCGCGGUCCGGAGACUGCGAUCGCUCAUGUCUGGAAGCCUUGAUAUCGGACUACCUGACUGCUCUGGUAGCCCACGACCCAUCCAGCUUGCCCACCACACCGGAUGUCAAGUACGUCGAGAACAACCAGGUGCUUCCCCUCGGAACGGGAGAAUGGCUCGUCGCCGGCUCGACAGGCAAAUACCGGCACACCUUCUCCGACCCGGAGUCCGGCCAAGUUGGGACCAUUACUACGAUAACCGAGAACGGAGUGGGAACUAUCUACAUUGUCCGCCUCCAGCUGGACGACGACGGACGGCGUAUCAGCGAGAUCGAAACGCAAAUCACGCGGGAUGCGGACGGUGCGGCUCUGUACGAGAAAAUGGGCGAGCCCGAAUCCGUCUGGCUCCAAGCUGUUACCCCUGAGCAGCGGAUCCCCCGCGCAACGCUCAUAUCGCAAACCAACAAGUACUACAGUGGCAUGGAACGCAACGACCCGAACGGCAACUACUCCUUUUUCGACACCGACUGCAACCGGCUCGAAGACGCAGUCCAGACGACCAACAUAGACACAGGUGAUCCCUACGGACACUCCAACGACACCGUAUUCGAAUCCUUGGGCUGCGAAGCGCAAUUCCAAACGGGCUUCCUGGGCUUCGUGACCAAAAUCAGGGAAAGAAGAUUUCCCGUCGUGGACGAGGAGCGGCAGGCCGUCUUAGCUAUCACGACGCUGGAUCAUAAUGGGACGGUGAGGGAGUUGCCGUCGGCGAAUGGGACGAGCCAGCCGAUUCCGGCAUAUUUCGAUGUACCCCGAACGCUGCAGGCGGCCGAGGCGUUUCGGUUGAGGGGGCAGGGCAAGUUAUGGAGGAUUGAGAUGACGCUUACCGAGGUGCCGUACGGGAUGAGCUCGCCUUUCCACGAGGGGGCGCCUGUGGACGUUGGUGGUGAGGGAACUGAGAAGACGAUAGAUGGGCCUUGUGGUCGGGCUUGUCUCGAGAAAGAAUUGGAUCGGGUGCUCGAUGCGCUGCUGGCUCAUCAUCCUGCCACUUUGCCAUUGGCAGAGGGCGUGCGAUACUCCGAAAACGGACAGUUUAUCCCUCUAGGCGACGGGCUUUGGGAGACGCUGGGCGACGUAGCCGUACCCGGCGUCAAUGACUACGCAGCCCGCUUCGCCGAUCCCUCGACCGGUACAGCCGCCUACUGGGGCCUCACGAGGGAACAGACCACCCCAGGUGUGCUCGCACUGCGAAUCAAAGUCGACCGCGGCCAAAUCACUGAGAUCGAAGCCAUAGACGUGCGCGCCGAGUCAACCGGCGCAAGAGGCGGUACCAUGACCCUGUUGCGCCCCCCGCUGCCAAUAGAGUGGGAGGGCAACAGCCUCGGCAAGCUUGACCCCGCAUUCCAGCAGAACAAAACUGCAGGAAGAAUGUAUCGCUUCUCCACCAAUAAACUAAUGCAUAAGUACUUCGAUGGCAUGCAGCGGCACUCCGGCCGGCGGGUGCCCUUCGCGCCGGGUUGCACGCGCCGCGAUAAUGGGGCCCGAGGGAACCUGACGUGCGCUGCGCAGAUGGAAGGGUGGGGAGUAGCCCCCAAUGGGCUAUAUCGGGAUACGACUGUGGUGCGGGACCGGCGGGUAUUGGUUGCGGAUGCGGAGAGAGGGGUUGUGCUGGCCGUAGCUAUGGUGGAUGGCCCCGCUGCUAGGGAGCUGGCUCCAGUGCCUGAGACGGAGAGGGUGCCGAGCACUUUUAUGGUUCCGCAGUUGAUUAAGGUUGGUAAUGGGACGAUUGAGAGGGUGGAGGGAAUGGUCAAGUGGAUGCCGUUCGGGUAUACAUCAGCUUGGGGGUUGGAGGGACGAUCUUGA